AUGGACCUGACAAAAGGACCCGCACCCAGUGUCCUCGGGGAGAAGCUGCAGGGUGAAGCCGUGUGCCCGCGUGUGCGCAGCUGCAAAGUGAGCAGAUAUCUGUGCAGGGGAGGAGACUGUGAGGCAGGUUUCACCAGCGAGCCGAGCUCCCCACGAGACCUCCGCGGUGCCCCAGGGGACUCAGGCCCGGGACCCACUCAGGGGGACUCAGGCCCGGGACCCACUCAGGGGGACUCAGGCCCGGGACCCACACAGGGGGACUCAGGCCCGGGACCCACACAGGGGGACUCAGGCCCGGGACCCACACAGGGGGACUCAGGCCCGGGACCCACACACGGGGACUCAGGCCCGGGACCCACUCAGGGGGACUCAGGCCCGGGACCCACACAGGGGGACUCAGGCCCCGGACCCACACAGGGGGACUCAGGCCCGGGACCCACACACGGGGACUCAGGCCCGGGACCCACACACGGGGACUCAGGCCCCGGACCCACACAGGGGGACUCAGGCCCGGGACCCACACAGGGGGACUCAGGCCCCGGACCCACACAGGGGGACUCAGGCCCGGGACCCACUCAGGGGGACUCAGGCCCGGGACCCACACACGGGGACUCAGGCCCGGGACCUACUCAGGGGGACUCAGGCCCGGGACCCACACAGGGGGACUCAGGCCCGGGACCCACUCAGGGGGACUCAGGCCCGGGACCCACACAGAGGGACUCAGGCCCGGGACCCACACAGGGGGACUCAGGCCCGGGACCCACACAGGGGGACUCAGGCCCCGGACCCACACAGGGGGACUCAGGCCCGGGACCCACACAGAGGGACUCAGGCCCGGGACCCACACAGGGGGACUCAGGCCCGGGACCCACACAGGGGGACUCAGGCCCGGGACCCACACAGGGGGACUCAGGCCCCGGACCCACACAGGGGGACUCAGGCCCGGGACCCACACAGAGGGACUCAGGCCCGGGACCCACACAGGGGGACUCAGGCCCGGGACCCACACAGGGGGACUCAGGCCCCGGACCCACACAGGGGGACUCAGGCCCGGGACCCACACAGAGGGACUCAGGCCCGGGACCCACACAGGGGGACUCAGGCCCGGGACCCACACAGAGGGACUCAGGCCCGGGACCCACACACGGGGACUCAGGCCCGGGACCCACUCAGGGGGACUCAGGCCCGGGACCCACUCAGGGGGACUCAGGCCCGGGACCCACACACGGGGACUCAGGCCCGGGACCCACACAGGGGGACUCAGGCCCGGGACCCACACAGGGGGACUCAGGCCCGGGACCCACACAGGGGGACUCAGGCCCGGGACCCACUCAGGGGGACUCAGGCCCGGGACCCACACACGGGGACUCAGGCCCGGGACCCACUCAGGGGGACUCAGGCCCGGGACCCACACAGGGGGACUCAGGCCCGGGACCCACUCAGGGGGACUCAGGCCCGGGACCCACUCAGGGGGACUCAGGCCCGGGACCCACACACGGGGACUCAGGCCCGGGACCCACUCAGGGGGACUCAGGCCCGGGACCCACUCAGGGGGACUCAGGCCCGGGACCCACACAGGGGGACUCAGGCCCGGGACCCACUCAGGGGGACUCAGGCCCGGGACCCACACAGCGGGACUCAGGCCCGGGACCCACACAGCGGGACUCAGGCCCGGGACCCACACAGGGGGACUCAGGCCCGGGACCCACUCAGGGGGACUCAGGCCCGGGACCCACUCAGGGGGACUCAGGCCCGGGACCCAGCACCACCGCAGGCUGA